GCCGAUUUGUCAAAUUGAUUUAGUUGAGAUAAUACCCCGAUCUAAUCAUCGCGGAAGAUGGCGCCCCUCACAGACCGAAACCAGAUCCUCAAGAAACUUUGGCGGCAGAUCAAAGACGGCCAACCAAUUGUUGGAGCCGGUGCCGGGAUCGGCCUCUCGGCCAAGUUCAUCGAAGCCGGCGGCGGUGACCUGAUCAUCAUCUAUAACAGCGGCCGUUUUCGUAUGGCUGGGCGCGGAUCCUUAGCCGGAUUGAUGCCGUACGGAAAUGCAAACGAUGUAGUGGUGGAUAUGGCGAAAGAAGUCCUCCCGAUAGUAAAACACACACCCGUCCUGGCCGGCGUCUGCGCUACCGAUCCCUUCCGCAGCAUGCCGCAAUUCCUCAAUCAGCUACAGGACCUCGGUUUCGCAGGUGUGCAGAACUUUCCGACCGUUGGGCUCAUCGACGGCUCGUUCCGCACGAGUUUGGAGGAGACGGGAAUGUCGUAUGACGCCGAGGUGGACAUGAUUCGGCUCGCGCACGAGAUGGGCCUGUUCACUACCCCCUAUGUUUUCAAUGCUGCCGAGGCGAAGAAGAUGGCGGCGGCUGGGGCAGACGUUUUGGUUGCUCAUAUGGGACUCACGGCUAGUGGGUCUAUUGGGGCUUCGACGGGUAAGGGGUUGGAUGAAUGUGUGACGUUGAUUCAGGAGAUUCAGGAUGUUGCAGUGCAGAUCAAUUCUGAAAUUAUUGUAUUGUGUCAUGGUGGACCUAUUGCUGCGCCUGCGGAUGCCGAGUAUGUAUUAAGCAGGACGAAGGGGGUGCAUGGGUUUUAUGGCGCCAGCUCGAUGGAGCGGUUGCCGGUUGAGGAGGCCAUCACGAACAUUACGAAGAGUUUCAAGAAUCUCAAGCCGGGGGCUCAAAGUAAACAGGAGCUAGGGGCGUUGGAGCUGACCCUGUAG